UAUAAUCUGUACUCAAAUGCGCAAAUAAGACCUAGCCGAGCUUCCAUUUUCGUUUACGACCUGCAAAUUCAAUGGCUUUUUCCACACCCACUCUCUUUUCCCUCCACUCUCCUCCCUUAAAACCCUCAAUUCCAUUUCUCCCCAUGCUCCCCGUCAAACCAUACAAAUAUCCCCACUCUAUUCUCUCCUUCUCCUCUCACCGGCCAUUCUCCCAAUUCACUUCUGAACAAGCCAUCCUCGAAGCGGUAGCCGACGCUGACGCUAAUGAGAAGUCGCUCCCAGCCGUCAGGACCUAUGAGAACGACUUGGCUCGGCUCACCCUCGUUGGCUCCGUCGAUUUCCAGCAGGCGCUCACUGCAGCUGCAGCUGACGGUGGAGAAGCCGCCAAUGAGCAUGUCUCUGCUGGCGUGCCUGCUAUGGUUAUUGAGACUGUGUUUCCCGGGCAUGGUGAUGAGCAUAGUACUGUUUCUACAAGACUGUUUUUACCAGCUAGGAGAGUUAAAGAGAAAGCUAUAAAACUCAAGAGCUCUCUGACCAAAGAUAUGUUAUCCAGUACCACGUCGAAGAAUAUACUUGCCAUGACCUUUAGACAAGUUGUAAUACAACAACUCUGGAAUCUUGAACUGUCACUUUUUAGACCGGGAACAGAAAGAAACAUGGACAACCUUGAAAAUCCAAGAGAGGUACCUGCAUCUUUUACCCUUACCUCAGUGGAUGAAGAAGUCAGUUCUGCGAUUGCAGAAGUUAUUUGCCUUGCUUCCCUUGAAAGCACUGAGAGAAACUUCUAUCACUACUCAACAAGCAGUGCACCGAAUAAGUUUUUCCAUUGGUUUAGCAAACCUAAACAGACUGUAUCACAAGAUUCAACUGUAGUUCUGUACAACUUACUUGAACAUGAGGUGCUUGCAAAUGCCAAGGUUCUACUAGAAAAGUUUAGUGCUGAAAGAGCAAAAUAUAUGCUUAAGGAGAUGAAAUUCAAGAACAGUCUGUUAGCAUCACCAGCAUAUGCUGAACUGGAAAAGAUGGGUGGUUCUGAGUUUGGUGCUUGGAUAAGUGAAUAUGUACCUUCGUACAGGCUGGAAAUCGAUGUAGGUAAACUUAGGGACGUAAAGUUCAAAGGGUGGAGCAAAUCUGCAAAAAAAGUCUGGGAAGUUAUUCUUACCCACUCCCAAAUGGUGUGUUUGGCCAACAUACUCGAUAUGUACUAUGAGGAUGUGUAUACUCUGCCCGAUAAGAAGUUGUCAUGUCAUACAAUUGCAAAGUCUUCAAGUUUGUCCCCCAACAAGGGAAGUUCUCUGUUGAAGAUGUUCUCCAUUGCUCUUGCUGGUGGGGUUUUCCUGGUUUCCAUCAGUAUUUUAGGAAAAUUUUGUCUGCCUUAUCUGCCUAGCGGAAAAAGGUUUAUUCGGGAAAAUUGUCUGUCCCAAUCAUCUCAUAUUAGCAGUGUUCAGCAUCAAUCUAUGGACUCUUGUAAGUUGGAAGCUCACUGUGUCUCAGUAAUUAGAAGAAUCAAGGAUUCUUUUGGAUGGCCUGGUGAAAUUCUGACAAACUCUAGUCAUUGUGCAUGGACUGGAGAACUCCCAAUAUAUCUGAGGAAGAUGGACGAUAUUGCCUCCAAUAUUUUAUCCACUUCUCAAUUGUCAGAAGCAACUGAUGAAGAGGCAAAAGCAUCCUUACAAGAUAUUGCUAGUUAUCAGGUGGUGUUGUCAUCUGAUGGGAGUAUCAGAGGAUUUCAGCCUACUAGUCGUGUUGCAGUUAAUCAUUGGGCAGCAAACCCGUUAGCCAAAGAGCUUUAUGGUGGAAAAAAUCUUUCUCCAGGCUUGCUAGAACCUGGUCUCAAGAUCAGCCAUCCAAGUGAGGUGAUUGUAUUGGAACUGUUGAUGUCAGUGAACCCCGAUUCCUAUUUUGCAUUCGUCCGGCCCAUUGACAUUGCUGGAAAAGUUGAUGUAUAAUAGAACAAGCAAUUAUGCUAAUUUAGGUAAUACUUUUGAAUGGGAAUCUUCGUCAUCAACGCCUGCUGUUUCCCGCCCCAAGUCAUCGUAUGAGAAGAUUUAUGUGGUUUUUUCAGUUUCUUGUUUAUGAUCCUGAGAAUUAGCUGCUGAAUAGGGGAACUAAAGAAUCCACUAGGAAGCACGUCGAAAAAAGCAAUCUGUUCAUGAAAUCAACCUUCUGAUUGUGGAUGCCCAAGUGUACGACCAGAGUCGGAUUUCGAAGGAUUUUCUAUCUUUUUGGAUAAUUUUUUUUCCAUUUAAAUUAGUGUACAUUUCAUAAAGAUUAUAAUCGCUUCUAAGCUGAUCAAACUUUAAUUUAUCCUUUUAUCUACAUUUUAAGAACACAUUCAUUUAGUCUUGUGACUCGUUAAACUCUUGGAGGUUUUGAUUGCUUGAUCUCCA